GACAUUGUACAUCCUCAUUUUAAAAUGCAAAUGUGUUUAGUUAUGUGUUAGAAAGGAGAAGCUGCGGCACAAUUUACAGUAUUUGUGCAGAGAGACAGAAGGUGUGGGAGUAGUCCUGACAUUAGUACACUGAUGUCCUGACAAAUUAAUAUUUGAUGAAGUAGGAUUUAAACUAUAGUCAGCUGGAAAAAUCAGGACUGAGACAAUGAGAAUAUCACUUAAAGUCAUCAUUUACUUAAUGACAGCUAGUGUGAGUUCACUGGCUGUGACAGGAAACAACAGAGGACCUGACAACAUAAACUGUGACAAACCCCCAGUGAUCCAGAAGGCACGUCAUGGAGGCUCUGCUACCAUCAACUGCCAGUAUCCAAGAACAAAAGACAUCAACGUCAAACACUUCUGUAGAGAAGAUGGAAACUUGAAUUGCACAAAUCUGAUUUCAACUGUAAAUUCAAAUCACACAAUACUAGGCAGGUUUUCUCUGACAGACGACAAACAGCAAGGAGUCUACACUGUGAUUAUUUCCACACUGACCCAGGAUGAUGCUGGAAGAUACCGGUGUGUUAUGGAAAGAGCUGACAGUUCCACUGCAUGUUUAACUAAGAUCCACCUGCAUAUUUUGAACUGGGAUGACAUUACAUCAAAGGCAAUAAAUCACGCCAUUGGAGAAGGUGCCCAAAUUAAGUGUACCUAUCCAGACAGCCACAAGAGCAAUGAGAAAUUCCUGUGCAAGGGAGAGAAUCCUUCUAACUGUGAGGAGCUGAUACACACAUCAGACCAGAAGAAACACAGGUUUUCUAUAAGGGAUGACAGAAUAAAAAAGUACUUUGAUGUGUACAUCGACAAUCUGAGCACAGAAGACUCUGGAUCAUACUGGUGCGGUUCUAGCAGGAUGUGGGAGCAAGCUGAAGUCACCAAAAUCCUCCUCUCUGUAGCUGAAAGACGCAAAACCAGAGAAUCAGUAAUGCAACGAGAUGACUAUUCAACAGAUGGCACCGUGACCACAGAUUGGAUUGCCCUUGUGGUAGCUGUGGUAGUGUGUCUGGUAUUGAUACUGAUACUUGUGCUUGUACUUGUACUGUGCCGACACAACCUUCCCUGUACACAAGUGUGUUAUGCUGCAGGGGGAUCAUUAGAGCAGAGGACAAACGCUGCUGAACAUACCACAGAGGUGGAAAAUCAUGGAGAUCACCACUUUGACGAGAUACAGAUGUGGAACCAGCAGGCAAGCUCAGGAGAAGCACUGACGUCCGUUUAUGCCACCGUCAACCUUCCAGCAGACCAGCUCCACUAUGCCAGCGUCAAUUUCCAGAAGGACUCUGUCGGUGUCUCGACAGAUAGGAAUUCACUUCCUGGCACAAAUGAAAUCUCCUCUAACAGCACAUCUCAGGGUGUCACCCAUCCUUCGGCAGCAGAGCAGACUCUCUAUUCUACAGUCACAAAGCCUGGGGAACCAUGAGAUAGACUGUCUGUCUUUUACCUGUUGAUGUUAACGGUACAGUUUGUUAAAUUUGUUCUAUGUACAUAAAGUCCAUACAGCCACAAUAUAGAAAAGUAGAUUCUGCAACAUUUUAGAGUAAUUGACUCGUUUACCAGUUAGCUAGUUAUUAAUAUAUUAAUGUAAAUGUGCUCUGAAGAUAAUGAUUAAACUCUUGUUUGAGAAAA